AUGUUCACGUUCUGCCCGCUCCAGGGCGCGCUGUCCGAGUCGAAUGCCUCGCAGUCGCUCUUGGAGCUCGACGGCGGUGUCAAGAUCCUGGUCGGCCUCGGCUGGGACGAGAGUUUCGACGUUGGAAAGCUGGAGGAGCUUGACAAACAGGUGCCUACGUUAUCCUUGAUCCUCCUCACACACGCGACCGUGUCCCAUAUAGCUGCCUACGUUCACUGCUGCAAAAACUUUCCGCUGUUUACUCGAAUUCCGGCCUACGCGACGCGGCCCGUCAUUGAUCUCGGCCGAUCCUUGACACAAGACAUGUAUUCGUCAACACCAGCCGCGUCCACCACCAUCCGCCAAAGCUCUCUAUCAGAAACCGCCUACGUCUAUGCUCAGACUGCGGCUACGGCGCAGAAUCUGCUGCUGCAGUCUCCCACCCCCGAUGAGAUUGCCCGGUACUUUUCCCUCAUCCAGCCUCUCAAGUACUCCCAACCGCACCAGCCUUUACCAUCGCCCUUCUCACCGCCCUUGAACGGACUGACAAUCACCGCGUACAAUUCCGGACACACCCUCGGCGGCACCAUAUGGCACAUCCAACACGGUCUCGAGUCCAUCGUCUAUGCAGUCGACUGGAACCAGGCCAGGGAAAACGUGUUUGCCGGCGCCGCUUGGCUCGGCGGCGCCGGGGGCGGUGGCGCAGAGGUCAUCGAGCACCUUCGAAAACCGACCGCACUCAUCUGCAGCAGCCGCGGAGCCCAAAAAACCGCCCAGGCAGGCGGCAAGAUCAAGCGAGACGAACAAUUGCUCGAGAUGAUCAAGACAUGCGUCACCAAGGGCGGCACUGUUCUCAUCCCGAUAGACUCAAGCGCCAGAGUCUUGGAGCUGUCCUACUUCCUCGAACACGCUUGGAGAGCCGAUGCCGCCUCGACCGAGGGCAUUUUCAAGUCGACAAAACUAUAUCUCGCAGGCCGAAACAUGGCAAGCACCAUGCGGUAUGCCCGAAGUAUGCUCGAGUGGAUGGACGGCAGUAUCGUCCACGAGUUCGAGGCAUUUGCCGAGGGCCAGCGCAAGGUGAACGGAGCAGGGGAAAGGAAGGAAGGCGGCCCUUUUGAUUUCAAGUAUCUACGGCUGCUGGAACGAAAAGCGCAGAUUGCCAGGCUCCUGAGCCAAGGAGGCAGCGGGGGUGGAAGCGCCGCGGCAGGAGGACGAGUCAUCCUAGCCAGCGACACCAGUCUGGAAUGGGGCUUCUCCAAAGAUGCUCUGAGGGGCCUGGCCAAGGACAGCAACAAUCUGGUCAUCCUGACAGAUCGUCCCACAUUGUCCAACGCUAAAACGCCCUCGGUAGCGAGGACUCUGUGGGAGUGGUGGAAAGAGAGGAAAGACGGAGUGUCGGUAGAGCAGGCCACCACUAGCAGUGGCGACAGUGUCGAGCUGGUCAACGCAGGCGGGCGAGACUUGGAGAUCCGCGAAGCCUCCAGGCAAGCGCUGGAAGGCGAGGAGCUUGCCGUGUAUCAGCAGUGGCUUGCCACGCAUAGACAGCUGCAGGCGACUCAGCAGACCGGUGUUUCCGGUUCGCUCGAAGGACCGGCUGAGGUCGUCGAUGACGCCUCUUCAGAAUCAUCGUCGGACUCGGAAGACGACGACGGCCAACAGCAAGGCAAGGCUCUGACGGUGUCGGCCACCAUGGGGCAGGCAAGCCGAAAAAACAUCAUGCUCAAGGACGAAGACUUGGGAAUCAACGUGCUGAUCAAGCGGAAAGGCGUCUACGAUUUCGACUCUCGGGGUAAAAAGGGCCGGGAGAGAUGUUUCCCCGUGGCCAUCCGUCGCAGAAGGAAUGACGACUUUGGCGAGCUGAUCCGGCCAGAGGACUUUCUCAGGGCGGAGGAGAAGGACGAAGACAACGUGGACGGCGCCAACAUGACGGCCGAAGACGACAAGCUAGGCAAGAAGCGCAAAUGGGACCAAGUUGCCAAGAACGUCGCGGGGGCCAACAAGCGCAGCCAAGCCGGCAACGGCAACAGCGGCGACGACGCCGACGGCACCACCACCGGCUUCAACGUAGACGGCUUCGUUCCCGACGACCUGGACGACGUGGAAGACGCGGAGCCCGAAGAGCCUGCGGGCCCAUCCAAGCUGGUAUACAGGGUUGAAACGGUGCAGGUGCAUCUUCGCAUCGGGUUCAUCGACUUCAGCGGCCUGCACGACCGCCGAAGCUUGGACAUGCUGAUACCUCUGAUCCAGCCCCGCAAGCUCAUUCUUGUCGGCGGCAACCAGGAAGAGACGAGCAGCCUCGCCGAAGACUGCCGGGCGGCUCUCGGCCUGGAAGGCGACAAGGCCGUCGACGUGUUUACGCCCGCAGUGGGUGUCCGGGUAGACGCCAGCGUGGACACCAACGCCUGGGUGGUCAAGCUGGCGGACGCGCUCGUCAAGAAGCUCAAAUGGCAAAACGUCCGAGGCCUGAGCGUGGUGACUGUGAGCGGGCAACUGCUCGCCACGGCUCCAGAAGAGGCUGGCGCUGGCGCUGCCGCCACCGCCGCGGCGAGCGACGACAAGGACGGGGAUGCCGCGGGCGCGGCCCACGAGCGUCCCGCGCCGCAAGCGUCGGCAGCCGUGGCCGUGGCCGUGGCCUCGAGCGCCCUCGCGUCGUGCAGGGGCGCAGUCCCCGUGCUGGACGUGAUGCCCGCGAACCUCGUCUCGGCGGCCAGGACGGCCGCGCAGCCCCUGCACGUGGGCGACCUGCGGCUGGCGGAUCUGCGCCGCGCCAUGCAGGCAGCCGGCCACGGAGCCGAGUUCCGGGGCGAGGGCGUCCUCGUCAUCGACGGGUCCGUGUCGGUCCGCAAGACUGCCGAGGGGAGGAUCGAGGUGGAAAGCGUGGGACUGCCGGGGGGCGGGAAGCGGAACACAUUGUACGAGGUGAAGCGGGCCAUCUACGACAGCCUGGCCGUCGUGGCGGGGGCGUGA